AUGCAUGUGGCACCGUUUUGGAGCACCUUUUUGGGCCUAUUCGCUGGCAGCAUAGCUGCUGACAUUCCCGGCUGCAACUUUUUCGAUACUGUUAAUUUAGCAAACAGCUGGAAGUUCCCGAAUGGAUCCUACACUUACAGAGGUCUCAUCAUUCCCCCGUCUCUAACGGGGGAGUACGACUACGAGAUCCAGUUCGACGGAGCCAGCAGAUCGGUGGCCAGCCAUACAAGAGGAUGUGUAUGCAGAGUGAAGCCCUGCAUUCGAUUCUGUUGUUCACUGAGUAAAGUGAUGCCGUACAACAGGUGCUCGCCACAAAGCCAGAACAAGUACGCCUACAACAUGACCCUGGAUAUAACCCAAGACAAUGGAACAGUAACAAGUAAACACGUUUUAGAGGUUUUUGUUGUGCAGGAGGAUCUUCCACUGCCUUGUGGCAAUCAUUAUGCCCUAAACAAACAUAAAUAUACCACAGAUCUGUGGACAUUAUACGAGAAUGGAACGCUCUUGCGACAAUACGACAAGAGAUACCUUUCCAAGCAGGACUACUGUCUGCAGCCCCGGAUGUCAAGGGAACAAAUAGGCUAUAACUACACCAUCGUUCCUUACAACUGCUCCAUAGAUCCGGACAGAACAAUGGCUUAUGUCAAGGCGAUAUCUGUGUUAUUCAUGGCCAUUACCAUUGCCGUGUACCUUUGGCUGCCCCAGUUUCAAUCCCUCCAUGGAAAGUGCUGCAAUCUCUACUUUAUCUGCCUGACAGCCACCUUCCUGCUGAAUGUCUUCAGCAUUUUCAACGUAUUCGACAGCAAAAUGGCAUGCUCUAUUAAUGGUUAUGCUGGGUACUUUGCAACGAUGGCCACGUUUCUCUGGCUCUCCGUCAUAUGCUUCGAUGCGUGGAGCCGAAUCGUUAUGCGUCGGUCGCAAGGGCUCCAAGAGGCCAGAAGGAGGAGUUUUCUCAACUAUAACCUCAUCGUCUGGAGCAUUGCUGGAGCACUGACUCUGGUCGUAUUCUUGGUAGACAGACUUGUACCAUUUUCUAGUAAACCAGACAAAACUUUUACCUUGGUACCUGCUGUGGGCGUGUUCUCCUGCUGGAUCUUAGCUCAAGGUUGGUCGGGAAUGCUCUAUUUUUAUUCUCCGCUGGCGAUAUUGUUAUCCUUCAACCUAACAAUUUUCUCUGUGACAACCCGUCACAUUUACUUGUUGGACAAGAUCAGUUCAAAAAAGUUAAACGGAAUCGAACAGAAACAAAUGUCGAAGAAUCGAGCUAAUUACGGCGUUUAUCUGCAUUUGUUCAUCAUAAUGGGCGGCAGUUGGGUUCUGGAAAUCGUGGCAUUUAUUUGUGAAACUCAGAAGGUCUGCAAGCCCUUGAUUGUAGCAGCUGAUAUUAUUAAGUGCAGCCAGGGGAUCAUAAUAUUCCUUGUCACAUUCUGCAACAGGGACAUGAUCAGGGCCAUCCGUGAGCGAACCCACGAAAGACGGUUAAGUGGAGUUGAGUCUGCAACAUGCAGUGUGACACAGGACUUCCAGCUCAAGCAGGAUAUGACAUAA